AUGGUUGAAGCUCUCAUUGGGAUUGUAAUCCUUCGCCCUUGUCUCUCAAGGUUUCAUCCCCUUCCACCUGAUUGGUUCAGAUUUAGCCUUAAUGGAAAGUGGAAGUUUGAUGUCACUUUGGGCUGCCUUACAUUUCCAUUGCCAGAUCUCACAGGUCAAGCUGAAUUGUUACCUGUUCAUCUCCCUGCACCUGUUCCAUUGGUCAGCCAGAUCUCACAGCAAAGAGCUGCGGAUUCUGACGCUAUACUUUGCAGAGAAGAGGAAAAAGAAGCACUACUCGUAUUCAGACGAGGCCUGAUAGAUAGAUUUGGCACUCUCUCUUCUUGGGGAAGUAAAGAUAGAAUAGAUUGCUGUGAAUGGACACGAGUCCUAUGUCUUCAGACAGGCCAUGUGUGCCCAAUUCCUGAGUUCCAUGAUUCUGUCAAAAACUUGGAGACCCUUAGUCUCUUCCACGCUGGUUUUGAAGGACCAAUUCCCGACCGGCAUGGAAACCUUUCCAGACUGCAACUUCUUGAUCUCAGUGGUAAUAACGGUUUAUAUAACAUUGGGAACAUUGAAUGGAGUUCUCAUCUUUCUUCUUUAAGAUAUCUUGACUUAAGUGGCUGCGUUCUUCCUGGAGAAAAUGAUCGGUUUCAAGUCAUUAACAAGCUCCCAUUGCUCAAUGAACUUCGCCUAGUUUUGUGUAAUCUUCCACAGAUUAUGUCUUGGAAUCCCCUGAAAGUCAAUGCUACUGCAUCAUUUCUGACCCUUGAUCUAACUGGAAACCAUGUAACUAAUUCAAUUUAUCCAUGGUUGUUCAAUGUCAGUAGCAAUCUUCACGAAUUUAAUCUCAAUUUUAAUCUUUUACAAGGUGAGAUUCCAGAAGCAUUGGGACAUUACAUGGUUUCUCUUACUGGUCUCUUUCUUAAGUCCAAUGAACUAGAUGGUGGGUUUCCAAAGUCAAUCGGAAAUAUGAGUUGCUUGCUUGCAGUAGACUUGUCUUCCAAUAAUUUGAGAGGACAACACUCUGGGUUUCUUUCAAAAUCUAUCUGGUGGAUGCACAGAGAAGACGCUGGAGUCUUUGUAUUUAUGGGGUUGAGAACUUUAGAUCUUCAGGACAAAGCAUUAUCUGGAAAGAUGCCCGAAUGGAUAGGGGAGAGUCUUCUAAUCUUGCUAGUUCUCAGGAAAAUUCCAACUGGCACUCAACUUCAGAGUUUCAAUGCCUCCAUCUAUGAAGGGAAUCCUGGACAGUGUGGCCUCCCACUCCCAAAAAAAUGUCCAGGAGAAGAACCAGCCCAAGCUCCAUCUACUACAACAGGCGAAAUUCCGGAAGACGAGUUUAUAAGCUUUGGGUUCUAUGUAAGUUUAAGCCUUGGUUUCAUUGUAGGGUUCUGGGGAGUUUGUGGCAGUCUAGUGCAUAGUCAGUCAUGCAGACAUGCCUAUUUGAAGUUCUUGGGUGAUAUGAAAGACAGGAUCUACGUGACAGCAGCAAUAAAUUUUGCCAAACUGAAGCUAAGUUUCGAUAACUAA